AUGACCACUUCGACGAUGAAAGCCAAUCUGGCAGACUUUACCAUUCGUAUAGCAAAUCAUGAUCAGGAGAUACAACAUGCUAAAGCUGGCUAUGUUCACUGGAAGAAGGAUAGCACUUUUGAGCAAUUCUGGCAGACAUAUCGAAGAGAAAGGGAUGCCUCGCCAUGGAGUACGGGUAAACGAUUGGUGACCUGGGCACUCGUAAGACGCGAUGAUCCAGAUGGAGAGCUAUAUGCAGGAUGCGAAACAUACCUUCGGAAAGGAUUAGUCAAACAUGUAGAUUCAGAUCAAGUCGAAGAUACAUAUAUAUACGGUAUCGCUUCAGUCGUUACUCCUGAUAAACAUUAUCGUAACGGUUAUGCCACUCGACUUCUUUCUUUAUUACACCAUCGACUAUCUUCCCUUCCCACACCCUCUUCCUAUUCCGGCGAUAUUGAUGCUCUCCCUAUUCCUUCCGAUAUUCCUUUACCUGAAGCGAUUGGAUCCAUCUUAUGGUCAGAUAUAGGUUCGACGUUCUAUUCUAGAUGUUCAUCUUCAUCGGAACGUCAAGGAUGGGUAGUAGAAGAUUCACUUAAUAUGGAAUUAUAUUGGAAACUAUUUCCUCCCCAAUUUCAAGAAGAAGCAAAAGAAUUGGACAAAGGUUGGAAAUGGAUAUAUCUCAAUGAUUUACCCGAUAUAAGUGAAAAAUUAUCUGUAUCAGCCAAAAAGAGGUUAGAAGAUAUAGAUACCUCUGAAAAAGCGGUAUUUAUGAACAAUCCUUCUAGUGAAGGUACACUGGAUUUUGUGCCUUUGAAAGGUAUAUGGCAGAGAUCAUUAAUAUCAGAUCCUGAACCUGUUGGAUUACGAUAUGUUCCGUCAGAAGGUGGAAGCGAAAAUAAGGAAGAAACAAUUAUCCUUUUCUCGGGGAAGAUGAUCAAUAUAGGAGACAAACUAUUGAUCACAUACAUUGAAAAUUUCGUACCAUCCCAAAUGGAAGCUGUGUUAAAAGCUUUAGAUAUAAUAGGACAUAAAGCUGGUCAAAGUCAAGGUUGGAUCUGGGAUAUCUCACCCUCUUCUGAGCUUGUUAAAGCGUGGCAAGGGCUGGAAGGUAGAGAAGUCCAAAUUGGAAGGAAGAAAGAGAUUGAUGGUCAUUUAUUAGGUGUAGCUUGGUAUGGCGAUUUACAAGAAAAAGGAAAAAUGAUUGAUGGGCAAAUGUGGAGUUGGUGUUGA